AUGGAAUAUCUUACUCGGAGUCUUCAAUUGGCAGCUCAAGAUUCUGUUUUUAGGUUUUACCCUAUGUGUAAAAGUCUUAAACUUCUUAGUUUAUGUUUUGCUGAUUAUCUGAUUUUAAUUUGUAAAGGAUCUCUUUCUGAUGUUCGAGUGCUCAAGGAUGCUCUAGGGGAGUUUAGUUCUGCUAUAGGGCUCCAUAUUAAUGCUAGCAAAUCUCAUGUAUUCUUUGGGGGAGUUUCUGCUGCUGAGAUACAACUUACAAAAGGGACAUUUCCUCUUAAAUAUGUAGGUGUUCCUAUGAGACCAACUAAAUGGAAGCAUGAAGACUGUGACAUUAUCAUCCAAAAAUUCAAAAUGCGGUUACAUACAUGGGCAAGUAGACAUUUAUCCUUUGCUGGCAGAAUCCAACUCAUUCAUUCAGUUCUCUUUGGGCUGCAGAACUACUGGAUGAGCAUUUUUGUGCUUCCCCAAAGUAUUAUUAAGGAAGUUGAAAAACUUUGUCGUGGCUUUCUCUGGGGAGUUAAUGGUAAUAGAAGCAAGAUUCACAUGGCAUCUUGGACGAAGGUUUGUCUUCCUAAAGCUUAUGGAGGUCUUGGGUUCAGAAAUGGUUCAGUUUGGAACUGA